AUGGCGGCUAGCUUUGGAGAAAGAUUACUGACGGAAGUGCAUGAGGAGAGGCUGAACGAGCUCUUGCAUAGUCUCAGAGAACUAUACCAAGAACGUAUCGGAAGGAAUACCCUGAAGACUCGCUUUGGAGUCGACGAGCUCGACAAACUCGUGGGUAUCUUUACUGCACCCGUUCCGUCGGGACAGUCUAGAGCAGACACUGCACAGGAAGAACUUCCGCUCGACCCAGAGCAUGAUCCUGACGAUGAACUUGCACAUGAUCCACCUGGGAGAACUGCCAAUACUCAUUCUGCCGGUAUCCCGGUGCCUGCCUAUACGAGCCAUGCAGAACCCGUCUUGGAGAUAUCUAGCACGUCUUCUGCAGCAGGAAAGACUAAUUUGCUAUACUAUAUCACUGCUCUCGCUGUUCUGCCGGCCGAGAUUAACGGCUUUAAGAUAGGAGGUCAUGAUUCGGCGGUGGUCUUCAUGGACACCGAUGGCCGCUUCGAUACCGAGCGGCUGCGUUCCGUCCUUUGCGGCAUUGUUAAGGUCAAAUGCGGAGCACAGGAUAUGAGUCGACUUGACGAGGGAAUGGAGAGGAUGGCCGUGUCUUGCUUGAAACAUGUCCAUGUCUUCCAGCCCCAGUCUUCGUCGGCCCUUCUUGCCACACUCCAGCGGCUGGAUACUUACCUCCUAGAUCUCGCCCGCCAUGCAUCCAGCUCUCGAGCACUCCGGCUGCUGAUCCUGGACAGUGCCAAUGCUUUCUACUGGCAGGAUAAGUUACAAGACGAGAUGACUCGCGUCGAACAAAUAGGGCGUCCGGCUGCAGAAAUUGAGCACGAUCGCCGCCAGAAACAGAGCUUCUACCUGUUCGACAUGUACACGGACUUGGUGAGGGAGUUGCAGCGACUGCAGCGCGUUUUUAGCUGUGCAGUUGUCUUUACCACUACUGCUGCCCCACAUACAACACCAAGCCGUCGUUCACAUGGAUACCAACCUUCUGGCCCAUAUGACCUUUAUAACCCUUCUGAUGCACCUGCCUUCCGGAGGCCGUCGUUCCGAUCGGCUCUUCCAGCACCGUGGGGGACUUUCCCUGUAUUACGAGUGGUUGUCCAGCGUGAUCCGGUUCGGCCGUUUCCUGCUGCGAUGGGCUUGCAGGAGGCUGAAGAGAAUGCGGCCAAGCGGCAGGAGAUACUCAUGCGUGGCCGAUUCUCUGGAUGGGUGAAUAUGUGGGGACGUGAAGACUGGCCGCGGAGAUGGCUCGAGGGUGUUGAGGCACUAGAUGGAGGAAUGUUUUUCUUUCGGAUGGGUAGAGAUGGAGUGCAAUUCGGGUAA